ACACAGGGACCCCAAAACACUCGACAAAAUUAGAUCCAGAAUGCAAUACCAGUAUACGGCACAUGCGCACUUUAAAAUAUAUAGAUUCGCUUUUAUUUCAAAAUGGCGGACGCGGCCAAGUCGUCAAAUGUCGCUUCGGAUGGGGGAAGCGAUUCUGGCACAAAUGAAGAAUCUGUGGAUCAGGACUUUGACAUCACAGCGGAUAUGAUGGUGCAUGAUAUGGAUGAUGAGACCACUCUAGAGGAGGAGGAGAAACUGGACAACAAGGAAAACUUUUCUGAGGAGAUUGCUGAUCUAGAGAAGGAAGGAGACAUGCCACUAGAAGAUCUUCUGGCCAUGUAUGGAUAUCACUCUGACGAGAGUGAGACCCAAGCUCCGGAUGAGCCUGUGACCAAGACUGACGUCCUACCUCCACUAAUCAGUGCACGACAGGCAAUUCAGGAUCCUGACCUCCCUAAUCAGUCUGAGAAAGAAGACUCUAUCCCCCUUGAGGAUGCGUCACCAGUGCCAUCUCCUCUAAUGCAAGAGCAGUCCGAUUAUGCCCCAUCACCUCAGUCAAACAAUAACCAGAAUAAUGUUUUUCCUGAAAACCAGAGGAUCACACGAGGAUUGCUUGCAGCAUACAGUUAUUUCAACCUUGGUGAGAGCUCAUCUUCUGACGAUGAUGAUGAAUACAACCCAGAGGAAUGGAAAAAGGAAAUCCAUAUUGGAGAGGAGCACCAGGCGGUAGUACCUGAGGGACUUAACACAGAGAAAGAAUAUACCUAUGAUGGAGUUGACAAAUGUCUAUGGAAUCCAUCAAAGAUUAAUGAGCAAGAAUUACAGAGAUAUCUGAACAGUGUUUGUAAGCCGCCAGGGGCUGAUAUCCAAAGAGAAGUCAAGAGAGAUGACGAGCAGGCCUUGUACAUGCUUCUCCAGUGCAGUUAUGAUGUUUCAGAAGCAGUAAGAAGACAGAAAUCACAGACAAAACCUCAGGCUGAAAUGGCUUUAUGGUCAGAGGAGGAGUGUAGGGAUUUUGAGAGCGGACUUAGGAUAUAUGGAAAAGAUUUCCUUCAAAUUCAGCAAAAUAAGGUGACAUCUCGGAGUGUGAAUGAGAUUGUGCAGUUCUACUACUUAUGGAAGAAGACAGAACGACAUGAUGCUUACGCCUCCCAAUCACGACUUGCUAAAAAGAAGUACACAUUUCACCCUGGAAUUACAGACUACAUGGACCGAUUCUUGGACGAGAACGAGAGUGCCGCCUCCAGUCGUGCAUCAAGUCCACACAACUUUUCAGCCCGUGCUCGUCUUGGGAAUGGCCUGUCCGUUAGCCACGUGUCCGGUUCGGUCCAGACCACGCCCUCUACACCCCAGACGACAUCUUCGUACUCAGUGCCGUCUGGGUCGCAUCAUACUACCGUCACAAUGAUGUCCGGCCAAUCGCAUCUAAAGCGGGACCAUUUAGGUGCAACGCCCGGGGCGCCUUCACGCCCGCCUCAGCUCCAGUCCUGCGUGCCUACCUCUGUUAUCGUAUCCAGCCCCGAGAAAGGCGACAUAGCUCCUAAGCGGCCAAGGCUGGACUCGGAAGGCCGUAUGAGGCUUAACACUGUCAGCAGCAAACCACCGCCGCUGAAACCUAUCGCUAGCCUCGCGCCAACUGUCAGCCGACCUCCUCCUCCCAAAGACUCAUCCUAUGGCAUGAGCACUGUUGUGCGCCCGGAGGUCAUUCGUGAGCACAGCCUCACGCCCAAGGCGCCGUAUCAAUAACUGAUUCAGUGAAGCGCUCUUGUGACGCAAACCUCGAUUGUACAUAAGCUAGUACUGUAUGUUGAAUGGUCUGUCAAAUGUGCAGUUGGCCCCUAAGGCGCCGCAUGAAAACCCAGGGGCGGAGCUAGGGGUGGGCCGAACGGUCCCCGGCCCGGAACGACUCGAAUCUCGUAAUUGUAAAUAGGCUAUGUAUGUUAUGGAAUGGUUUGUCAAGGAAAUAUGCAGUUAGCCCCUGUAAGUAGGAACCCGAUAGGGGUAUAUGGUUUCCUGAACAUUGGCGGAUAUAGGGGGCCUACUGUCGUAGUAAUUUAUUGUGCAUCAACAGCCCAGGCUGCAAUGAAGGCAAUACUGUCUGCUAUCUCACUUUUUUAAUUAUAUAGGAAGUAAAUACUUCAAUAGUUGGAUAAACGUGCAAAGCAUGACUGACUUUUUCUGAGGGAAGCGUUAUUAUUCAUUCCCAUAAUCCAAUAAUUACCCAGUAAUAACUUCCAGUCAUUCAUUAUCGCCCUUUUGAAGACAUUUUAUUUAAUAAACACCCUCGCGGCUUUCCUCUUAUGUAAACGAGGACCAUGA